GAUAACAAAACGGUGAGAGAGGAAGAAAAACCAGAGCGAAAUAAGAAGAAGAGGAAAGUGAUCGGAGAAACAAAGAGAGAGAGAGAGAGAGUCUAACACCAUCUCUCAACCCAAAAAUGGAGACCCAACAAAACUGAAACCACAUCCUAUCAACCCCUUCCUAAUCUGAGAAACCCUCAAAAGGAGGUGGUAGAAGAGAACUGGUAGAGCGGCCAAAACCCACCACCACCACCACCACCACCACCACCAUCAUCAUAUCUGUUCAUAAGAGAGGCCCUCUCACCUACCUACCAUCUCCUUUUCUCUCUCUUUCUUUGCUCUUUGGUUAUCUAUAUAUCUUUUCCGGUUUUUCUUUCCGAUUCGAAUCCCCAUGCGGCGAGCAGGCAGAGCCACCGCGGCGGCAGCCAACAACCAAUCACCGGCAUCAUGCAAGAAGCCCAGGGCGGCAGCCGCAGCCCCGAAAACGACGCCGUCUUCGUCGCAGCAGCAGCAGCAACCGCAAAUCAGAUUCCGCGGCGUGCGGAAGCGGCCGUGGGGCCGAUUCGCCGCCGAGAUCAGAGACCCGUGGAAGAAGACGCGUGUCUGGCUCGGGACCUUCGAUUCCGCCGAGGACGCGGCCAGAGCGUAUGAUGCCGCCGCCCGAUCGUUACGGGGGCCCAAGGCCAAGACCAACUUCUCCCUGCCCUGCGAUCCUUUCUACGGCGGCGAUUUCAACGACGACGCGAUUUGCUCUAAGAUCGAUGUGAUUCAGGCCAGCCGGCCGACCUCCAGCAGCCUCAGCAGCACCGUCGAGUCCUUCAGCGGACCGAGGGUCAACUCCGGCAAGCCUCCUCCGAUGAAACCCACGCAGCGGAGACCGGUGUAUCCGGUUUCGCCAGAGGACUGCCACAGCGAUUGUGACUCAUCUUCCUCCGUCGUCGACGACGGUGACGAUUGCGUCCUCACGUCGUCUUUCCGCAAAGCCCUGCCCUUCGAUCUGAACAUGCCGCCGCCGAUGGAUGGUUUUGAUUUCUCCGGCGACAACGUGGAUGAUCACGAUCUUCAAGCCACCGCGCUCUGCCUCUGAUUUUACAUGGAUCUAAAUAAUGGUCCCUUUUAAUUUCCAUCUUCUACCAUAUUUUCUUCUCCGGAAUAUCUUAUGAAGAAAAAAAAAAAA